UGGUGGACGAAUGAAACCGAAAGACGCUUUAAAGGCGCUUUCAAUUUACUCUAAAUAACAGUCCAACAUGAAACGUCGUUCGGAUGUAUCUGAGGCUGCAGCAUCAAAGAAAACUCGAAAAGACAGCUCUGUAACACAGAAAAGCUUUGCAGUCCAACCUGUGGAAGCUUUUCGAGGAAGACUUCCUUUUUAUCGACAACCAAUCGAAGUGGGGCAUUUCUCUUUAGACGAUCAUAGAAGGUUUCACGAUGAUAAGAGACAAUUGAGGUAUUUUAGUCCUCCGCGUGAUAUAAACUUCGACCUCAGGGCUGGGUAUAAAGACUUUGUGAAACGGAACGAAGAUGUAAAAGAAGGGUUGGAAAACUUGUUGCAGUGGGUACAAUGUCACCACGAGAAGUUUGAAAUCGUUCAAAGUCCCACGAGCGAGACUCCUCCAGAAGGUAAAACUCAACUCUCCAGCUUACACACAGAUUUCAUAACAUGGAGGGGGCUCUUGACAAAGAUAAUGUGCACACCCUAUGAAACAAGAGAAUCUUGGCAAAUGGCAGCUGUGCUACACAAUGGAACAAUCUACAUUAUGGAGAUAGAAACUGAGGAAAACAAGGACAAGAGGGAGAAUAUGGAAGAAAGACACAAAGAGAUGUGCUACUGGGGUCAUAACUUUGAAAGCUAUGUUACAUCCCUGGUAGACAAAAGUCAUCAUAAUAAAAAUGAGGAAAAAGCCAAGGAAAGCCAUGCUAUUAAUGAUAGUGAGGAAUUUGUCACUGUAAUCAGGGCUAGGCUUAAUAAACACUCAUUGGUUUUUGGUGCUGAAGUGGACUGCUGCACCAAGGAUAAUGAAGAAGCCCCAGCAAAUUAUAUAGAAUUGAAAACUUCCUUGAAACCUCACAACCACCACCACCACUACACCUUCAAACGCUUCAAACUGCUCAAGUGGUGGGCGCAGUCUUAUUUGGCUGGUGUGCCAAAAAUCAUUUGUGGCUACAGGGAUCACAGUGGCCAUGUGAAAGAAUUGCAAACAUACAACACUCUGGCCAUACCUAGACUUGCACGAGAUGAGGAGGAUCUCUGGGAUUCUUCCAUUUGUUUGAACUUUCUGGACAGAUUUCUUGACUGGGUGAAGACAGUGGUUAUAAAAAGUGGACCAAGGGUGAUGUACAUGUUCUCCUGGAGAGAGCCAUUUGAAGAAGUGACAGUUACAGAGAAGUCUGAUGAACUGCACUGUGUCCUCCCAGACUGGUAUUUGAAAACUUUCACAAAUACUGCCUCUCCAUAGCUACAGUUGAAAUUUUCCCAUUUUAUUACAGAGCUUCUUUAUUCUUCUUUUUAGGAUCAUUAUCAUGUGCAGCAUACAUUUUGUAGUCGCUGAUACACUGGAUAGAGAUUUAUUUGUUGGAUAGCAUUAUCUGCCCUUUAUGCAACUGGGCCCUAAAUUUCAAAACAGGGGGAGGGGAAGGGGCCUUAUCAAAAACUUGAACUUCAAAACAGGGGAGGGGGGGGCUUAUGAGAAACCUGAAUUUCAAAACAGGGGGAGAGGUAGGCUUAUUAAAAACCUGAAUUUCUUAAAGGGAGAGAGGGCUUUACAAUAAAAGGGGGGGCAUACAAGGUGUUUGUAGUUCACAAAGUAAAAAAAAGUUAUCAAUCACAAACAAAGGAGUGUACUCAGAACAAAUGAAAUUAUUUUUAACCAUCCAGUUAUUCUGUUUAGUUUUAAAUAAGGUAACCAUUAUUUAAAUAUGAAAAAACUAGUCAUUGUAACAUAGUAAAGUUGAGUUAGAUUAUUUAUAUUCUUAUCGUAGUUAUAUGGUAUUGAUCUUCUCAGUAUUUUAUAUAAAGAAUAGCUGUUAACAUUGCCAAUUUGUUCCCUAUCAUUACCACAAUA